CUCCGCGCCGUCGCCGGCUUUACACUGUUGUGGAUUGGGCACUACAGCAGCGUGUGGAAGAUCCGGAGGAGAUGCCAUUUUCCGUUGGAGGAGUCCAGGGAAACAACAAAUACCCGGCCUCUGGCCUUCUGCUGAGGGACGAGUACCGGACCUUCGCAGAGAUCGAAAAGGAAGGAGAGCGUGCCUACGAGCCUCUAGACCCGCUCGUUCGGCUGCUCAAGAACUUCGGUAUCGCCGACAGCAACAGCGGUGCCGAUGGCGUUGUAAAGAAACAGUUCCACGAGACGUUGGUCAUGCGCGCGACGAUUCCGGCGCACAGCACGUCGUGGGCCAUCAACAUUUGUCCCAAAGACCACAAAAACUUCGAGGAGAUCUUGUUCCAUUUCAACCCCCGCCGGAGAUUCGUGGCGAUGAACAACCGGGAGGGUAACAUCUGGGGGCAGCAGGAAAAGCACAUGCUCUCCACAAGAUGGCCAGAGGUGUUCAACGUUUCUAUCAACCUUGCGGUUCAGAUCGACGCGGCGGGAUUCCAUGUCGCUGUGGACGGUAAAUACUGCGCAACUUUUGCCCACAGAACAAAGGUGCCCCCGAACGACGAGGAGCUAGUCCUUCAAGUUAUGACUAGAGACGACUACGACACCAACCUGCCGCUUGUCGUGCAUGAGAUUUGGUGGGGACACAAGGACACAAUGCCUGGCCUUCCGGGACGAGACAAAGAGCCCAAUAGGCGAACAGCGGAGAAUUGGCGCGGCAGCAACAGCAACGACGCGUUUGUGGACCUGCACGCGGCGGGACUACCUCCGAUGCCCAAUUCAGACCUGCAAGAGUCGGUCCGCAAGAGACUGGUCGAUAUGUUCCAGCCCUACGGGGCGAUACAAGUCAGGGUUUUCCACCGUGAAUCCAAAAACUUCGGGUUCAUCAAGUUUCGCGAACACAACGAUGCCGCGAAAGCGCUGGAGGAGUUGGGUGGAGCCGAGGUGCAUGGCAAACCUAUGAGGCUAAGCAAAGCCGCAGCCAGAUAGGGUUUGUGAGCCACGGGUGGGUCUCCUCCAAUGGCACUUCUGCUGGCAUGCAGAUUGGUGCCGGUGUCAAACAUGGGCAAAGGAUGUGCGAAUUUGGCUGCCUUCAUGGCUGUGCGGAUUUUUUGCGCAAGAUGCCCGCCACCCCGUGGAUUCGCUGCGAAUACAUCCGGGAUAGAAGUAUUUUUUUUUAGGGCUGGAGGGCGAUGGGACAGCAGUAGUGGACUGGGAGGGGCUGCCAUACAGCAGUUGGGUGUCAGGGUUAUACGGCUCGCCGUUCUGGUUUGGCGAACAACAUACCGUGCAAAAGAUUGGAGUGUAUGUACGUUGUGGUACUGUACAAAUGAAGUUGUGCAUUUAUGGUGUGAUGCCAACGUGUGUUGGGGCCGUACCGGCUGUGUAGUUUGUCUCAAGUUCUUACCCUUGGCUUGGCACCCUUGCCCCGCGACGCUUAAUUCAGUUUGGUACGCGAAUAGAAACGUAGUAGAUGCUGGUGGAGGGUUCCGUUUUGCCCACGUUGUGAACGGAAAGACGAUGGUUUUGCAACACCUUGACCCUAGCACCUCGUGUUCAUCUGUAACUACGUCUAGAAGAAGCUCUUCUCUUGCUCGUCAAGCCAUCCAUCGCUGCAACGGUGAUUCGGAUUUUUACGGCCCGUUCGGGUUGCGUCUUCCACGCAAAAGUCC